AUGUCCGGUCUUGAAGUGCUUGCGGCCUUCGGGCUAGCAUGCAACGUCAUGCAGGUGAUUGGCUUCGUCCACGAGGGGGUCCAAGUCGGCAAGACCAUCUACGACACCGGGUGCCUGGACCCCAGCCUCGCCGACGCCACUGAUUGCCUGGCCAAGGGCUUGGAGGAUUUGAAGAGGUCGUUGGAAACGACACCGAAACCCCUCAACAGAGACGAGCAGGAGUUGCUCGACGUUGCCAUGGGGAGCCUUGACACGGCAACGGGCUUGAAGGCCGAGCUGGACAAGAUCGCAGGCGUUGCGUCUAAGAGCAAGCAAUCUGCUGCGCUCCGUGGGUGGUUAAGAACGAUCAUGGGAGGUAAGAGGAGGAUCGAGAAGCUAGAAAAGGCGAUGCGCUCUCGACGGGAGGUUCUCGAAAGCCGGCUCCUGCUUCGAGUUUGUAACAAGAGCGACGCUAUUCUUAUCCAGCAGCAAAAUGACUUUGACGAGCUAGAUACGAUUCUGCGAGGCUUCGUCCAAGCCUGUGGCCGUGGGCAGACCUCGCUCGACAAGCUCAUCCGAAACGAGUCGACGUCAGUCAAAGCGCACAUCCGCAGCGAGACGGCUCACCUACAGCACUCUUUGAAUACCAGCAUCGUCGCCGAGUCCGGCAGAGUUCAGGGCCAUGUCUCUUCUCGCUUAGAGGAAUUAACGCUAAGGGAAACCGAAAAACAGGAGCAUGAAAGACUGCUGGGGAGUCUGCGAUACGAAACCAUGAAUGAACGUCGAAACCAGAUCCAGAGUUGUCACCAAGGCACUUUUCAGUGGAUCUUCCACUCGAGGAAAGACGACGACCGCGAGUUCGCGUCCCGUGAGAGUCAAGAUGGUGGUGAGGUAUGA